CGCCUCCUGCGCCGCCGCCACCCCCCAUCCAAGGAUAUGCCUUCAAGCCUCCACCUAGACCCGACUUUGGGACCUCCGGGAGAACAAUCAAAUUACAGGCCAAUUUCUUCGAAAUGGACAUCCCCAAAAUUGACAUCUAUCAUUAUGAAUUGGAUAUCAAGCCAGAGAAAUGCCCAAGGAGAGUUAACAGGGAAAUAGUGGAGCAUAUGGUCCAGCACUUUAAAACACAGAUCUUUGGGGAUCGGAAACCAGUGUUUGAUGGGAGGAAGAAUCUGUAUACAGCCAUGCCCCUUCCGAUUGGGAGGGAUAAGGUGGAGCUGGAGGUCACGCUGCCAGGAGAAGGCAAAGAUCGCAUCUUCAAGGUGUCCAUCAAGUGGGUGUCCUGCGUGAGCUUACAGGCAUUACACGAUGCACUUUCGGGACGGCUGCCCAGCGUCCCUUUUGAGACGAUCCAGGCCCUGGACGUGGUCAUGAGGCAUUUGCCAUCCAUGAGGUACACCCCGGUGGGCCGCUCCUUCUUCACUGCGUCCGAGGGCUGCUCCAACCCUCUUGGCGGGGGCCGAGAAGUGUGGUUUGGCUUCCAUCAGUCCGUCCGACCUUCUCUUUGGAAAAUGAUGCUGAACAUCGAUGUGUCAGCAACAGCGUUUUACAAGGCACAGCCAGUUAUCGAGUUUGUUUGUGAAGUUUUGGAUUUUAAAAGUAUUGAAGAACAACAAAAACCUCUGACAGAUUCCCAAAGGGUAAAGUUUACCAAAGAAAUUAAAGGUCUAAAGGUGGAGAUAACGCACUGUGGGCAGAUGAAGAGGAAGUACCGCGUCUGCAACGUGACCCGCCGGCCCGCCAGCCACCAAACGUUCCCGCUGCAGCAGGAGAGCGGACAGACAGUAGAAUGCACGGUGGCCCAGUACUUCAAGGACAGGCACAAGCUGGUUCUGCGCUACCCCCACCUCCCAUGUUUACAAGUCGGACAGGAGCAGAAACACACCUACCUUCCCUUGGAGGUCUGUAACAUAGUGGCGGGACAGAGGUGUAUUAAAAAAUUAACGGACAAUCAGACUUCAACCAUGAUCAGAGCGACUGCUAGGUCGGCGCCCGAUCGGCAAGAAGAGAUUAGCAAAUUGAUGCGAAGUGCAAGUUUCAACACAGACCCAUACGUGCGUGAAUUUGGAAUCAUGGUCAAAGAUGAGAUGACAGAUGUGACCGGGCGGGUCCUGCAGCCGCCCUCCAUCCUCUACGGGGGCAGGAAUAAAGCCAUUGCCACCCCUGUCCAGGGUGUCUGGGACAUGAGGAACAAGCAGUUCCACACGGGCAUUGAGAUCAAGGUGUGGGCCAUCGCGUGCUUCGCCCCGCAGCGCCAGUGCACGGAAGUCCAUCUGAAGUCCUUCACCGAGCAGCUCCGGAAGAUCUCGAGGGAUGCCGGCAUGCCCAUCCAGGGCCAGCCGUGCUUCUGCAAGUACGCCCAGGGCGCGGACAGCGUGGAGCCCAUGUUCCGGCACCUGAAGAACACGUAUGCGGGCCUGCAGCUGGUGGUUGUCAUCCUGCCCGGCAAAACCCCCGUGUACGCCGAGGUGAAGCGUGUGGGAGACACAGUGCUGGGGAUGGCCACACAGUGUGUGCAGAUGAAGAACGUGCAGAGGACCACGCCGCAGACCCUGUCCAACCUCUGCUUGAAGAUCAACGUCAAGCUGGGAGGUGUCAACAACAUCCUGCUGCCCCAGGGCAGGCCUCCAGUGUUCCAGCAGCCAGUCAUCUUCCUGGGAGCAGACGUCACUCACCCACCUGCUGGGGACGGCAAGAAGCCUUCCAUCGCUGCUGUGGUGGGCAGCAUGGACGCCCACCCCAACCGCUACUGCGCCACCGUGCGUGUGCAGCAGCACCGGCAGGAGAUUAUCCAGGACCUGGCCGCCAUGGUCCGUGAGCUCCUCAUCCAGUUCUACAAGUCAACGCGCUUCAAGCCGACCCGCAUCAUCUUCUACCGCGACGGAGUCUCCGAGGGCCAGUUCCAGCAGGUUCUCCACCACGAGUUACUGGCCAUCCGUGAGGCCUGUAUCAAGCUAGAGAAGGACUACCAGCCAGGGAUCACGUUCAUCGUGGUGCAGAAGAGGCACCACACGCGGCUCUUCUGUACCGACAAGAACGAGCGGGUCGGGAAAAGUGGAAACAUUCCAGCAGGCACGACUGUGGACACGAAAAUCACCCACCCGACUGAGUUUGACUUCUACCUGUGUAGUCACGCUGGCAUCCAGGGGACAAGCAGGCCUUCGCACUAUCACGUCCUUUGGGAUGACAAUCGUUUCUCUUCCGAUGAGCUACAGAUUCUAACCUACCAGCUGUGUCACACCUAUGUGCGCUGCACGCGCUCUGUGUCCAUCCCUGCGCCAGCAUACUACGCUCACCUGGUGGCCUUCCGGGCCAGGUACCACUUGGUGGAUAAGGAGCAUGACAGUGCUGAAGGAAGCCAUACCUCCGGGCAGAGUAACGGGCGAGACCACCAAGCACUGGCCAAAGCGGUCCAGGUUCACCAGGACACCCUGCGCACCAUGUACUUUGCUUGACAUGUUUUAGUGUUUAGCGAUUGUGUACCGAGUUGGAUUCACAUGAGACCAGCUACACUCAGACCAACAGAUGGCCAGCCCUUCCGUGACAGCCAGCAUCGAACAUGAGACGUCAUUAAGUUUAUUAGAUUCUCCAUUUUCCAGAAUGCCUUCCGUCCCAGAUUUCAAACUUGGAUUUUGAACUGCAGACCUGUAUGAGACCCCAAUGUCGUAGGAAAUAUGGUUUGCCAAAAUCUAUAAGCUGCUUAUUAAAAUAGAGUCCCGUGCUCCCUAAAAAUCUCCUAAAACCAGUCUAUGAACUCAGGGCUUUAAAACAUUUUUAAUUUAUUUGGUCAUUCGAUUUACUUGUUUUUAACACAUGAUUCUCUAUGAAAUUGAUGGGCUCAAACUAGCUGUGAACAUUCUCUGAGAGUAAAAGCAACACGAAACAUGAUUGUGGUUUUAAAGCCUUGAACAUUCUGAUGUUGUCACUAAAGCUGAUUUCCAGGUGAUGCUCGUGUGCUCCCGACACGGCUUACACAAGCUCUUCGGGACCGAGGGCAGGUGGCCGUGCCGAGGUGUCCACAGGUGUCUCGUUCUGCCACUGCUGGCCUUGCACGUGGCCUGAACGAAGGGGCAGUGGCAGAAAGUGGGCCCCGUGUGUUUACAGCAUUUACAGGUCCAGAGAGAUUGGCAGACAAGUGCCAUUUUAAUAAAAAUUUAUUUAAAAAAAGAAAGACAAUAUACCGACAGUCUAAUCAUAAGAUUUGUCCUAUAGGACUGUGACAUUUAUUUUCCAAAGUUUCUAAAGAAUACGGGUCUGUGGUGAUAAAUACAGUACAAUCCUUUUUCACUGUUAAUGUCUUUAAUGUAAGAGAAAAAAUAUAUAUAUCUGGUUUGCAGUA